UCUCCGCAAAAACAUGGCAGAGCCUCACAUCCCUGUCAGCAUAAACCACCUCUCCUGCCGGAUCUGCAGAAACCUUCUCAGGAAUCCUGCAACGAUCCCCUGUGGACACAACUUCUGCCUCGACUGCAUCGAAGGUUGCUGGGUCUCGGAGCAGAAGAGUUACAGCUGCCCUGCUUGUGGUCAGAAGUUUUCCUCUAGACCUCGUUUGAUCAGGAACACAACUCUGGCUGAGUUGCUGCGAGACACAGAGAGAAGUUUGAAGAGGAAGAGAAAAAAUCAGGAGUCAGCUGAGACCCUGCUGAAGAGAGACCGGAGCAGUGCAGAUACAGCAGGGAGCACUCUGUGCUGGCGUCACAACAGUCCACUGGAUGUUUACUGCUGCACAGAUGAGAAGAUCAUAUGUGAUGUGUGUGCUUCAACCAAGCACAGCGGACACAUAUUUGGUUUGGUAAAGGAAGAGCGGAGAAGGAAACAGGAGGAGCUGAGGAUCAUGCAAAAAAAACUGAGAGAGAAACUUCAGGAGACGCAGAAACAGCAGGAGAACAUGAAGAUGAUGUUUGAGCGAACUGAGAAGGAGGCCAAGAAAACAAAGGAUGACUGUGAAACAGUUAUAGUCAGAGUCAUUGAUUGCCUUCAGAGACAUUACCUGUCUCUGACGAAGAUUAUAGAAGCUCAGGCACGGGCAGCAGAAGCUCAGCUCAACGUCUUACUCCAGAACCUUGAGACGAAGAUAGAGGAGAUGAAGAAGCUGUAUGCUGAGCUGGAUCUCCUGGCACAGAGUGACCACAGUGUGCUCUUUCUCCAGGAAUGGCCCAGUAUGAAGAGCAUCUGUGAAAAAGAUCUUCUUUCCUUCAAGGAGGGCUCAGAGAAUCCACUUCUCCCCAUUGAAGUUACAAAGAGAGCUAUGGAGCAGCUCGAGAGGCAGCUGGAGGACUUCUGUGACCAACAAUUUGCCUCACUCUCUCAAACUUGCAAUGAUGGUCAGGAGGAAAAUGUUGCAGAAAAAGACGUGGAGGAUCAGCAGCAAAGAAAUGAAUCCAGUGAUGGUUUUACUGGAGGCAACAUGAGUAAGAAGGACGUGGAGCCUACAACCAGAGAGGACUUCCUGCACUAUGCCUGCGACCUCUCUCUGGACCCCACAACAGCUCAUAAGGACCUGAUCAUCUCUGACAGAAACAAAGAGGUGAGGAUGUCAGCCGACAGAUUCCAAACCCCAGCCUUAAAUUCUUCAGAGAGGUUCACCCAUCGACACCAAGUGCUGUGCAGAGAGGGGCUGCAGGCCGAGCGGUGCUACUAUGAGGUGGAGGUGAAAGGAGACAAGGCAGAGAUAGCCCUCGCAUACAAAGGGAUCGAUAGGAAAAGCAGCACAAACAAGUCGGCCUUUGGGGCCAAUGCAACCUCCUGGAGCCUGGAUCUCAAUAAUUUCUACUCUGUGAGCCACAAAUCAAAAAGCAUCCAGCUCAUACAACUGCCCAGUGGUGGAAGGAUUGGAGUUUAUCUAAAAUUCAAGGAGGGAUCUCUAUCAUUCUAUGAGGUGUCAGACAGCAUGAGGUUUCUGUACAAGGUGGAGGCCAAAUUCACCGAGCCGCUGUAUCCUGGAUUCUGGCUCAACGACAAAUGCUGCAUAAGGAUCUGUGAUUUGAAACAACACAAGCAGUAAAUGUUUACUGAGAUUCAGAUAACUCUGAUCAAAAUGUGGUUUCUACACAGAGCAGCAGGUGUCCUGCUCUGUAACUUCAUGAUGGUUUGGUUUGUGUUGCUCAGAGGACUUUUAGCCAAGGUAAAUUUCAAAGGACCCAAGUAAUGAAGAUAAUAUUUAAACAUUUCUCUGUUUUAUUGGUUCUCGUUUGCUGAAAAAACAAUGAACCAAUAAUGAUGUUUAGCCUUUUUUCUGUGUUUUAUGAAAUGUUCUUGGUUCUGGUUUUUAUUUUAUGGAUGGUUUUGUUUGUUGGACAUCUAAAAGCAACAGCUGAAUUGCAUAUAAAUGGACCCUCAUCUAAGAUCAGGUGGACACAUGACAAAUUUCCUUCAGUAUCAAAUUAAACAUUUACAUGACACACUUGCAGCUGUUAUGUUCGAAUGAAGCACAUCCUGUUUAAUUUAAAACAGUCAUAUGACAGAAAGUAGACUCACCUCUUGUAUCUAAUUCUUUUUACAGUGCAGUGAAAAGUAUUUGCCCCCUUAUAGAUUUCUUGUGCUAGUUAUCCAAACCAACCAGGCCCCAAUGGCUCAGAAUAGGCUUGAUAUUCAUUUCCAAACUGAUGGAUGUCACGGACUUUAUUUCUCAUCUGUUCUUGAAUUUCUUUAGAUCAGAGCAUAAUGUGUCACUUUUUGAGAUCUUUUAGCCUAUUUCAUGUUGUCAGACAGGUUCUGUUUAGGUGAUUUCUUUAUUCUGAUGAUGAGGUAGUAAUCAGGUUUGAGUGUGGCUAUGAUAAGAACCAAAUAAACUGGUUAAUCACAUUUAAUACAUGAUAUUACAAGGGGCAAUUAUAUUACAUAUAUGACCAGGCUGGUUUAGAUAGUUUCUUUAUUAAUAAAUAAACUCCUUUCAAAACGG